AUGAAGAAUUUUGGAUAUACACAGAGUAAUUCGAAUCACACUUUGUUCUUGAAGCGUGAUGGAAAGAAGCUUACCGCACUGAUUGUUUAUGUUGAUGACAUAGUUGUGACUGGAAACGACACAGGAGAGCAGUUGAAACUGCAGAAGUAUUUGUCUCAGGAAUUUGAGAUAAAGGAUUUAGGUGAUCUGAAGUACUUUCUUGGAAUUGAAGUAGCAAGGUCCGCAAAUGGUAUAUUUCUAUCACAGAGAAAGUAUGUAGUGGAUCUACUCGCUGAAACAGGAUUGCUUAGAUAUGCUGAUUGGGCUGGAUCCAUUACUGACAGAUGCUCUACUUCAGGUUACUUUACCUUCGUGGGAG